AAAUGUAAUGAAGUUGUGACGAGGAACUAAGUGAAUGUAGUGAAGUUUCACAAGACCCACAGUGACUGACUGUGUAACGUGUUCGCAGCAGACAGUUUAUAUCCCGCUUUUUUUUUCACUAAAGAAGGGAAAUAAACCAUUUACCAUAGAUAUCAAUUCUUUCAGGGAUUAGCGUCUGAAAGCAGCUAUGGCUCCUUCUCUGGCCCAGGCCUAUCGUAGGCGCUGGUGGAUGGCGGUGACUGCGGUCAUAGAGAACCUGCUGUUCUCUGCUGUGCUGCUGGGCUGGGGAUCGCUACUCAUCAUGCUCAAGAACGAGGGCUUCUACUCACACCUCUGCAUAAACAAUGAGACAGUGUUCAGUAACAUCAGUUCGUGGGACAGUGGUAUCUGGCAUAGCUGCGUGGACCAGGAAGAGAUGUUGAAUCUGGGCUUUACCAUUGGCUCCUUCCUGCUGAGUGCAGCCACUCUGCCGCUAGGUAUCCUGAUGGACAAGUACGGGCCCCGCCCACUCCGCCUCCUCGGCAGUGCGUGUUUUGCUUUCUCUUGUGCCAUGAUAGCUGGAGCUGCCUAUAACCCUGAAGUACUCUCGGCCCUCAUUUUCAUCGCGGUCUCCUUCAACGGCUUUGGAGGAAUCUGCCUCACCUUCACCUCCCUCACGUUACCCAACAUGUUUGGGAACGUGCGCUCCACCAUCUUGUCUCUAAUGAUCGGCUCCUACGCCUCUUCAGCCGUCACGUUCCCUGGAGUCAAGUUGAUCUAUGAUCUAGGUGUGUCCUUCAGGGUGAUCAUGUGGGUGUGGUCGGGGCUAGCCGGUCUCGUCUUCCUCAACUGCUUCCUUAAUUGGCCGAUGGAGGCUUUCCCCGCACCUGAGGAGAUCAGCUACACCAAGGAGGUGAAGCUGAGUGGCAUGGUGAUGGAUGACAAGGUGACGGGGGACAGAUUCUACAGUCAUGUGACCACGGUGGGAGAGAAGAUGGGUCCGAAGCAGCAGGGGCCAGAUCCCUCGUCAGAGCAGCUCCCACCUGGAGAACAGACACAGGGUGGCCCUCCGUUCCGUAGUUCAGUCUGCUCGCCCAUCUUCCUGUGGAGUCUCAUCACCAUGGCGAUGACCCAGCUGCGCAUCAUCUUCUUUAUGGGUGCCAUGAACAGGAUGCUGGAGUUCCUGGUUACCCACGGAGACCCACACCCCUCUAAGGAUCUAUUGAUGGAGGCAGAGCAACAAGUGGGUUUCUACUCGUCAGUGUUUGGCUCCCUGCAGCUGCUCUGCCUCCUCACCUGUCCUCUGAUUGGCUACAUCAUGGACUGGAGGAUGAAGGAGUGCGACGUAGACCAGAGCCAACUUGAACCCCCGAAGAGAGACAGGAAGAUCCAGAAACUGACCAAUGCCAUCCGCGCUUUCAUCAUCACCAACGUUCUACUGGUCAUCUUCGGAGUCAUCCAGAUGCUAGACAACCUGCCUGUACAGAUAAUUUCCUUCAUCGUCCACACCAUGGUCAGAGGUUUCGUCCACUCCUGUGCUGGAGGACUCUAUGCUGCUGUAUAUCCGUCCAAUCACUUUGGGACAUUGACGGGGAUGCAGUCGAUGAUCAGCGCGUUGUUCGCUCUCCUCCAGCAGCCUCUCUUCGUCAUCAUGGUGGGACACCUGGGAGGAGACCCCUACUGGAUCAACCUGAGCCUGCUCAUUGCCUCAUUGGCUGGAUUCCUGUUGCCCGGAUACCUGAUCUAUCACCGUAGAAACCUGAUGCGAGAGAAGGUGGAGAAGCGUGAGAGGGAGGCCGCUAACCAAUCAGAAAGAGAGAGAGAAACCUUACGGCAAUCAGAAAAUGGCCAUACCAAAAACCAUACUAAUGGACAUCUCAGCAAUUAAGCCUAAGAAUCUCGACCGCACUAACAGUCAAAUAUCAUAGUCGUUAAUUGUAAAAUAUCAUUAUAGACCAUCGUCAUGAUGAUGACAUUGAUGGUUGUCAUUUUCAACAAGGACAGUGAUGACGAUGUUGUGCAUUGGAGUUUGGACUUGGGUCCAUGUCGCCCUUAAGCCCUUUUCAAUUUGACAUCAAAAUAUACACUCAAUAUACUCAUUAGUGUUUUAAGUAGGACAUGCCAAAGAAAUCCUAAAAUAUACAUUUAACUCUUAUUUAUUUUAAUUAAAAACAUGGAAAUCGAGGUUCGGCAAUUCAAUAACUAAGCAAUAAUAUUUACAAUGACCAUAAAUUCCAUGAAGGUUAUUAGUACCAUUUCAGGUCACCCUUCAACCAACCGGAAGCACAGCUCUCAGUGUUCUGUAGUAGACAGAAACUGGAUCUCUUUCGCCAUCAGAUUGGCUGGUGUAACAUUGAACUACCUCCCCCACCACACUACAGUCACUUCUUUUAUUUAGGCCUAGCAGCCAGUCUGGUAGUAAUAUUUUAUCAGUGUUUGUUUGUCUUUCCCGGUUCCCUCCCUGUAUCUAUACUUAUCUUUAUUUUGUCUGUACAUCCAGCGGAGAAUACAGAUUAGGAGGAGACAAAGUGGGAAUGGUGGUGAAAGGGAACCUAAGUUUCCAAAUCCAUGUGCCUAGACCACCAGCCCAUGGGGCCUGCACAUCCCUAUUAUUUUGACUAUCAAUCUGCACCUGCAAUCUUUCCCCGUGUCCCCUUCUUUAUGUCCAUGUCAGACCUGUCAUUGUAAGUCCACCUGCAAUCUUUCCCCGUGCCCCCUUCUUUAUGUCCAUGUCAGACCUGUCAUUGUAAAUCCACCUGCAAUCAUUCUCCGUGCCCCAGUCUUUAUGUCCAUGUCCAAGUCCACUAAGUACUAUGCCCACUUGGUCAAGUCUACGGCUGUGUCUGAAGUGGCACCCUAUAUAGUGCACUACUUUUAACCAGGGCCCAUAGGGUAAAAGUUUGGACACACCCUGGGUCACUACCGCUAUGUCCCUGUGUUCAUCCCAGAGUUAGUAUUUGAAUAUCUCCGUGCAUCACAAUGUGUCCACCCGAAAUGUGGGAUUGAGUCCCAAAUGUAACCCUAUUUCCUAUAUAGUGCACUACUUUUGACCAGAACCAUAUGGGCCCUGUUCAAAGGCAGUAUACUACAUAGGAAAUCGGGUGCCAUGUGGGACUCAACCUAGGUUUUGAGAUGACAUCAUCAUCCAUUGUCAUUUCAGCCAAUCAUAGCUAGGUUCAGGACAGUGGUACGGUGUGUGAGGUGUUGUGCAGGCACAGCCUAGUUUGUAACAAUAUUGAUGGAAUUUUGUUUUUAGAGAAUCAUGUUAUUGGAUUUGUUGCAUUUCAUGAAAUUGGAACGUGAAAUGUCUGUGUAGUUAUAUAGAAAUGCCAAAUCGGUACCUAUUUCUGAAACCUUUAAGGUCAGCUAUUACACGUGAGCUUUUACGGAGAGCUGUAGAUUAGUUUUACAAAAAAGUAUUUAUUUGUUUAAACGUGGGAAAGAAAGAGCACUUGUCGAAAGCUGAUUCAAUCUGGAGAACCAACCAACCAACCAACCAACCAUCUUGAAAUUUUAUACAGUAUUUACAGUUAACAGUACCGUAUGAGAGAAAAAUCAUAUACAGAUGUGUUGCUCAAAUCAACUCCAAAAGCUGGUUGAAUCUGAUCAACCAACAGUCUUCAGUGUUUAAAAACAUUAUUUACAGUCAACAAUACUGUGAGGUCAAAUAAAACAGUAUUUACAGUUAACAGUACUGUAUGAGGUCAAAUAAAACAGUAUUUACAGUUAACAGUACUGUAUGAGGUCAAAUAAAACAGUAUUUACAGUUAACAGUACUGUAUAAGGUCAAAUAUAACAGUACUGUAUGAAGUAAGAUGGAUGCACCUGAACCCCAAUAUCACUGUCCCCAUGACAACGACAGUAGAACCACCCCAUUGGAGCAGGGCUUCAUUUAGCAGGUACAUUGUGGCUGCUAGGCUAUUUAUGUAGGGUACAGAACAUCCCAAAUGGCACCCUAUUCCUUAUAUAGUGCACUACUUUUGACCAGAGCCCUAUGGGGGCUAUGGUCAAAAGUAAUGCACUAUAUAGGGUAUGGGGUGCCAUUUGUGAUGGAGACAUAGUGUGUAUGAUGUAGUAGCGCUUGAAUCUAAAAGAUAAUACUGUAAUGUAAUAAUGAGUUGAAUUAUUCAUAAAUGAAAUGUGUGUGCUUUAUUGUAAGUGCCUGGGAAUCAAGUCUUUUUUUGUGCUAGCCUGGUCCCAGAUCUGUUUGUUCUCUUGCCAACUCCAUUGCUCAUUGUCAAGCCAAACAUGGGAUGACAAUAAGUGAAAAGAAGUUGACAUGAUAGCACGAACAGACUGGCACUCGGACUACUUUUGUGCCCAUUCCCACAAAGAACAAUGUAGCGGUAUGUGUAGUACCUAUAGUGCCUGAAAUGCACUAUGAGAAUGUAAAGCCAUAGUUUUGCUGCAUAUGCUUGUUGGAUGUUUUCUCAUCUUUUUAAGACUUGAGAGUUGCUUUGCUAUUUAUUUGAUUUGCGCAUCCGAAAAAGAACUGUUGGUUCAUCCACAUCACAGUUGCUCUCCAACUAUGCCUCUCAGAGUAGGAGUGGUGAUCUAGGAUCAGUUUUGCCGUUUAGAUCAUAAUGAAUUAGAUAACAUGGACAGGGGGGGACCUGAUCCUAGAUCAGUACUGCUACUCUGAGAUGCUUUAAGAAUACAGCAACUUUCACAUAUUUCCACCGCUGUGUGUGAGAACAUCCAUUAUUAUCACUGAUCUUAUAACAUUUGUAAUAAUAAGAUCAUAUUAUGCGGGCAAUGUGGUGAAGAGAAUGUAAGAGGAUCCAAAACAAUGUAUUAUAAAUAGGCUAUGAAUAGAAAAUGUAAUAUUUAAAGACAUGCUCCGGAACUUUGACGACAAAGAAGUAUUUUUUUCAACCUCCCGCUUUGGGUUGGAUGUGUCAAUGUGUAGUUCAUACAUGCAUAAUUACUGUCUUACCUCAAUUAGCGCCUAAAUCCAAAGUUUGAAAACGACUGUUUUCUGGAAGCUGUGUGGCGCCAUUUUCCAUACUUUUUCACCCACGUGGGAAAGCCCCCUAGCAAUUCGAGGUUCAGCCAAUGAGCUUUUAGCCCCUCGCCAUUUGAGUGACAGUUAGCGAGAGAGCGAGCAAUGACGUGGUGCACAUAUCUGCACAUAUGUGACGUAGUACGCAAUUUCUGGGGACCACUUUUGGCUCGUGAGCAUUACUUUCAGAACUACUGGCUAAAAAGUAUACACAAGUACCGGAGAAUCUCUUUAAGUGAUUUCACUGAUGUUUUUGGGGUGCUUCUCUUUGUGAAGUAAUAAAUGAACAGAUUUCAA